CCCUGUUGGAAGAGAAAUGUUUUCAAGAGCCAGUACUGUGGUUAAACAAGUUGAAAAUGUUGCCAAAAACCUCAGUGUGUUUAGUUUGUUCAAAAAGUGCAAUUGAACUUGUGUCGGAUCCAGAUAGUGAAGAUCGGUAUAUGUGGAAAUGUACCAGUGAAAGCUGUGGCAGAAAGUCUCAGAUAACUCGACCAAAUGUUUUUGGGCGGUUUGGAAUACCCCUGUGUAAAUUGUUGAAAUUGACUUAUCACUGGGCUGUACAGUCUGAUGUGAAAGGCAUACUGAGUGAAGUUGGUAUAGAUGUGUAUAUGGCAAGGUCAGUUUGGAGAACACUUCAGGAAGUUUGUGCUAGAGCUCUGGUACUCAAAUCAAAAAAACUAGGAGGGCCUGGUACAAUGGUUGAAGUUUCUUUUGCUUACAUGGGGAGAUUUAGCAUACUUGGUGCAUAUGAUCGUGGUAGUGGCAGAGUCCGUAUGAAGGCCAUUUCAUCAUCAAUGGGUUGGUCCACGUCUGUAUGUGUCAAAAGUUUGGAACCAUGGCUUUUACCCAACUCUGUGAUUGUGUCCUCAGAAGUGAAGAUGAAAGAAAUUACUAGGAGUGGACACAAAUUUCUUUUAGCUCCUGGAGUUACUUCUCCACCAGAAGGUGAACUGGGUGUAUCAAAAAUCAAAAACUAUCUCCAGGUUCAGCUUAGUGACAUGUUUGGACAAUUCAUUGUUGCCCAGCUGAAACUUGACACUGUGCAAGGAUAUCUAGAUGAAAUUCAGUGGAGAGAAAGAUUUGGAACCACUCCAAGUAAUGCCUUUUGGAAUAUUAUUGAUGACAUUGGUGAGCAAAGUGGAAGAAAAACUUCUUCAAUAGGUUUUCCUCAUCAACAAAAGCAGCUUCCUGAAAAGGUCAUCACUAUGAUUGGUCAAAAAAAUGACUUAAAAUACCAGCGAGAUGUCAGAGGACAAAUAAAGCGGCCUGCAGAAAGUGUAGUUCUUAAUGCACCUCCUCAGAAGAAAGCAAAAUCAGAAACAGUUUCAGUCGCUCUUGUUGAAUAUUACUAUGCAAAGAAAGAAGGGAAUGUUGAAGUUAUAGCUAAAGAAUCGAAGGUCAGCACCCAGUUCAAGUGCCAUAUUUGCAAAAAAAUGUUAGACAACAAUAUAAAAGCCAUGAAGCACAUCAGUGGCCACAUUGAGAACACCCGACAACGAAGCCCUGACUUGAGUGACCUAACACAGUGCAAAUACUGCUUUAGAGAUUUUGAAACACCAUACAGCAUGCAGUGCCACAUUGAAGCGGUUCACAUGAAGAUGGAUACUUUGGCAUGUGGAAUAUGUAACCAGGCUUUUUCAUCAGAAGUUACUCUUAUUGCCCAUAUGAAAACCAUGCAUGUUGAGUGUGAAAUGCCAUACCUUUGUAAUGUCUGUGGUUUCAGGUGUUCGAUGCAUCAACAAGUACUGGAACAUUUCCAACAGGUCUGAUGAUUUUACAAAUACAUUGCAUUA